AUGCAAUUUUGCUCUGAGCAAGCGAAAGGUGGGGUUUACAGCAUGGAUGUCAAGGCCGCUGCUGGAGCCCCGAACCUCACCCUGCGAGAUAUUAUCAACAAGCUCGACGAGUUACACGGCAGGCGCAUCAUCAGGCUGGCGGCAUCGGGAUUGGAAAACCGGUAUCAGGUUAUGUCCAUAAAGCUGCCCCGGACGCCCGGCGAGAUCGACACUUUGGCGGGCGAGAUCUUUGCCACCCUGAAGCAGUAUGAAGCCGACGCAGUCCAGCGGGUCGAUCAGGUCAUAGGUGUGGUGACAGGAGAGCAGUGCUUUUCCUACGCGCUUGCGUCAUACUUCGGCAUGGGCCUUCCGGGCAGCAAAAAACGCUGCGGCCACUGCAGCUGGUGUGAGACGGGCGUCGCCGUGGUGAUGCCCGAGGCGCUGCCCCGGGAUCCGGUCGACCUAGACCUGAUCAUGGAAAUCCUCAACACCAUCCCGGACCGCGACGACCUGCUGCUCCUAACUAAGAUUGCGUUUGGCAUCACCAGUCCGCGCAUAAUGCGGAUGAGGGCUAAUAGGAAUCAUGUGUUUGGGUCGCUGGUGGGCCACGACUUCGGCGCGGUCCUCGACGAGUUCACCAAGGUCUGCAGUCAGGAGGGCGGCAAGGGUAGCACCGUCAAGCGGGAACCCUCCACACUGGCGAUAAAGAAGGAACCGAUGAGCAGCGCCCAGUCGGGCUGAUCAACCCAAACGUCUGGUGGUCGAGGCUGGGGGCGAGGUCGGGGCUGUGGGUGGACU